AUGAUUUUACCGGAACUCGGAUUUUCCGUGCGACGCCGCCGCGGCGAGAAAUCUUUCCCCCGGGGCCCCGCCCACGAUGACGUCACCCACCCCCCCACCCACCCACACGCGGGGUCCCUAGGCGACCGCCGUCCCGUGUCCCGUGUGUCGUCGACGUCGCGGGACCCGCGUCAGUCCUCAGGCGCCCGGGGUGGGGCGCGGUCCUGUCACGGGACGAGAGAGCGUCAGCGUGCGCCUCGCACGCGUGCACGCGCGACGUCACGCCGAGAACACGCGACGUCACGGGAAGAACACGCGACGUCACGCCGGGAACACGCGACGUCACGCCGGGAACACGCGACGUCACGCCGGGAACACGCGACGUCACGCCGGGAACACGCGACGUCACGCCGGGAACACGCGACGUCACGCCAAGAACCCGCGACGUCACGCCGGGAACACGCAACGUCAUGGGAAGAACACGCGACGUCACGGGAAGAACACGCGACGUCACGCCGGGAACACGCGACGUCACGCCGGGAACACGCGACGUCACGCCCGGCCCACCCCACCCCCCGGGCCGCCGUCACUCACCCGCCGCGAACCGCAGCGUCGCCGUGUCGCCCCGCAGCCGCGUGCGCCCCCAGGAGGCCUCGGCGCGGAGCCGCAGCGUGUACACGCGCCCGGGCGUGA